AAAAAUCGAGGGCGGAGAAAGAAUGUAACUUUUAUUGGAGGAACAAACCCGAAGCUGCGUACUGGGCUGCAGAACCGCGGAACCGUCAUGUCUGGGGUGGCAUCUAACCUGGCCAAGAAGAGGGCACUGGCCGCCGGCUUCGGCUCCAACGCCAAUGCCAUCAAAUACAUCGGCCAAGACUUCGAGGGGCUGCGGGCCGAGAGCCUCAGCAGGGGGGCACUUUUUUGCGAUCCGACCUUCCCGGCCGCGCCGGAGUCGCUGGGCUUCAAGGAACUUGGGCCAUCCUCGUCGAAAACCAGGGGGGUGCAAUGGAAGAGACCAGGAGAAUUAUGCAGAAAUCCACAGUUUAUCGUCGGUGGAGCUACCAGAACCGAUAUUUGCCAAGGGGCCCUCGGUGACUGCUGGCUUUUGGCUGCCAUCGCUUCCUUGACCCUCAACGAAGACGUGUUGGCCAGAGUGGUCCCCAGCGGGCAGGACUUCACGGACAGAUAUGCCGGCAUCUUCCACUUCCAGUUCUGGCAGUUCGGCGAGUGGGUGGACGUGGUGAUCGACGACCGGCUGCCCACCAGGGAUGGGGAGCUGCUGUUCGUGCACUCGGCCGAGGGCUCAGAGUUCUGGAGCGCCCUGCUGGAGAAGGCCUACGCCAAGGUGAAUGGGAGCUAUGAGGCCUUGUCCGGCGGCUCCACCACCGAAGGCUUUGAGGAUUUCACUGGGGGCAUCGCAGAGAGUUACGAGCUGAGCAAGGCUCCUUCCAACAUGUUCCAGAUCAUCCGGAAGGCCCUGGAUGCCGGCUCGCUGCUGGGCUGCUCCAUCGACAUUACCAGCGCUGCUGACUCGGAAGCUAUCACCAACCAGAAGCUGGUUAAGGGCCAUGCCUACUCCCUGACAGGGGCCAUCGAGGUGAACUACCGUGGACGUCUGGAAAAGCUGGUCCGCAUAAGGAACCCCUGGGGGCAGGUGGAGUGGACGGGGGCUUGGAGCGACAACUCCGCCGAGUGGAAUUCCGUGACUCCCUCGGAGCGUCAGAACGUAAAAGCCGACGACGGAGAGUUUUGGAUGUCCUUUACUGACUUCCUACGGCAUUACUCUCGACUGGAGGUCUGCACCCUGACCCCGGACACAUUGACGAGUGACAAGUUCAAGUAUUGGAGCAUGACGAAGUUUGACGGUGCCUGGAGGAGGGGCUCCACGGCAGGAGGGUGCCGGAACAAUCCCUAUACAUUCUGGAUGAAUCCGCAGUUCCGGAUCAAGCUGGACGAGCAGGACGACGACCCGGGCGAUAACGAAAUGGGCUGCAGCUUCGUGGUGGGACUGAUCCAGAAGAACCGGCGGCAGCUGAGAAAGACGGGCGAAGACAUGCACACCAUCGGCUUUGCCAUCUAUGAGAUUCCCUCUCAGUUCCGUGGCCAGACUGAGGUCCACCUGGACAAGAACUACUUCCUGACACACGCGCAGACGGCCCGUUCAGAGACCUUCAUCAACCUGCGAGAGGUGAGCUCACGCUUCAAGCUGCCCCCCGGCGAGUACCUCAUCGUGCCCUCCACCUUCGAGGCCAACAAGAACGGGGACUUCUGCCUGCGCGUCUUCUCCGAGAAGCAGAGCGAAGCACAGUUGUGUGAGGAUCCAGUAGAAGCAAACGUUGAAGAUGACACAGUAUCUGAGGAGGAGGUUGACGCAGGAUUUAGGGGCAUGUUUCUGAAACUGGCUGGACCUGACAGGGAGAUCUCUGUCACAGAGCUGCAGACCAUUUUAAAUAAAGUUGUUGCCAAACGCACCGACAUAAAAACCGAUGGCUUCAGUGUGGACACUUGUCGGAUCAUGGUCCAUCUCAUGGAUGACAGCGGGAAUGGCAAACUUGGAAUGGGAGAGUUUGCCUCGCUGUGGAAGAAGGUCCAGAAAUUUCUGGCAAUCUACAAGAAGAAUGACACAGAUGGAUCUGGGACUAUGAGUACUCCAGAGAUGCGCAUGGCCCUGAAGGAAGUUGGCUUCAGCCUGAACAAUGAAAUCCAUCUGAUCCUUGGAGCUCGUUACAGCAACCCGGACAUGACCAUCGACUUUGACAACUUUGUCGGCUGCCUGAUUCGCCUGGAGCUGAUGUUUAAAAUCUUCCGGAAUCUGGACAUGGAUAAGACCGGCUCCAUAGAGCUGGACUUCAACCAGUGGCUGUCAUUCGCUAUGAUCUAGACGAGCUUCACAUAUGUACUCACCAGGAACCAUUCACCAAAAAACACUUAAUUCUCAUUGAUUUGAAAUGCUAUUACAUUUAUGUUUUAUUUCAUACUAUAAUAUAUUGUACAAUUAUUGAUUUUCGUUUCGUCUGCUGGUUCUUCUGUUGUGACGUAGUAUGGAACGAGCUACAGCAAUAAAUGUCAGAAAUGGUCA